UAAACAGUUUCAGUGUAAAGCUCAAAUGGGUCAUCAUCGUCAUCUUAUUCUUCUGUUGAUUUUAAUCUCAUGCUCAACAAAGUGCAUGUCAUGGGGUUGGUUCUCCUCGUCUGCAGAGACUCAAUUUGAUGAGAAAGCUUUUGAUACAAAGGAUAAUUCUGGCCCUGCAAAAUUCUCCAUGGAAGUUUUUAAUGAUCAGAAGGGAGCCAGGCUAGUAGAAGGUGCCAGAAUGAAAUUGGCUGGUUCAAACUCUUGUUGGCAAAACGCUUACCGGAAUCUCUUUGCCGGAUGCUCAGAUAUUUUUGCCGGGGAUGAGAAGCGGUCUAGAUUUGCUUGGCAUCUUGGUGAUUGCUUUCAAAAGGAAUCUGGCAGGCUGCCUUUUCCUCCUUGUGACCCAAAGUCUGCCAUGGCUAAAUGCUUAAAGGGCUUAAAUGAACAUGCUCAUAAGGUUUACCUUGAAUUCUAUCUUGAAACUAACUCCAUCUGCCAUCAGUUACAGGCCCAAGCAUUCAAGCAACAAACAGAGAGAUUGGUAAAUGAACUGAAAAUUUCAGCCCUACUAGCUGAAGACAAAUUAAAAAUAAUAGAAGGCAAAACAGAAUCUCUACUGCAGAACUCAAGUGAAAUUUAUGAUUCUUUGAAUUCCAUUGAUACUCGAAUUCAACUAGUAGCUCGAACAACUAAGAAUGUAGGUGAUCAUAUAGAUGUUGUUCUCAAGCAUUCAGAAGCUUUAUAUGAGCAAUCAGAGAAGCUUGCAGCUUCUCAAUCAGAGCUGCAAGAAGGACAAGUGGAAAUGAGGAAAAGUUUGGUGGAUGGAAUGGAAAUGCUUAAUGAUUCUUACAACAGUUUGGGCCAAGAAAUAGAUAAUUUAAAAAAUGAGGCCAUUGAAAUAGAGAAGGGGAUAAAUAAAGUUGGAGAUGCAAUGUUUAUGAAGAUGAAAAAUCUGCAAAUCAAAGUGGAUGACAUUCGGAAUUUGACAGGGAUUUCCUUAGAUAAGCAACAAGAAGUUAUAGAUGGACAAUCCACAGCUCUUGAGGGUCUUCAAAAUUUAACUAAAUUUCAAUCUGAAGCACUAGAAGAUAGCAGGAAUACUCUACAACAGUUUGCUGAAUAUGGCCAUAGACAGCAGGAAGAGCUUCUUCAGGGGCAAGAACAGCUUCAAAGAAUUCAUGACCACUUAAUGGAAAAUUCGAAGUCUAUUUUGGCAGCUCAGGAAUCUUUUGAAUCAAAGCAAGCAAACAUGUUUGUUGCUUUAGAUAAGCUGUUUGCUUUGCACAAUGCCAUGCUGCUUGAAUCGCGACUAAUUAAAGCCUUCUUUGUGUACUGUCUAUCAAUCUUCAUCAUCUACAUUUUCACUAGCACAAAGCAAACAUACAAAGUCAGACCCUGGCUAUAUAUCGGGCUGUUUGCUACUUUUGUCAUAGAAGUUGCAAUAUUUCGGCUUGCAACAAAUGAUAAUAUCGAACAAAGCACUUGGAUAAUAAAUUUGGUCAGGUCACUCUUUGUGCUUCUUGCCUCAAUUCAGAUUAUCCAUGCCAUAUGCACAUACAGAGACUAUGAAGUUCUGAACCAUCAGAUGCUACUAACAUUAAUUGAGCAGAUUAAUGGCAUGCAAAGAAAUGAGGAGUUGUCGUGGGACAUGGAUAGUGAUGUAAACUGGUCCUCAUGGAUUGACACUGACUUACCAGAAGAUGUGAACAAUUUUGAAGACCCUGACUAUAUGCUUCGAGAGGAAGUUGGAGAAAAUUCAAUCAUGACCACUUCAAUUAGAAGAAAUUAUAAUCUUCGCCACAAAUAGAUAGGACUGGCUCAAUGUAGUUCGAGA